CACCUAAAUUAAUUUGACUUAUUAAACACAAGGCGUGUAUGGACUAUAAAUAUUGAAUUCCCAAAUAUUUUCAUACCCAAAAUCAACAAACGCACAUAAAUAGACUUAUUCAACAUUCUUCUUUCAAACUCUACGACUAAUUUAGUUUUUUUCCCCCUAAACCUGCAAAAUAUAUUAAUAUUCCCACAUCUUCAUCAAAUCAUUCAUCCACCUUUAAUGUUGAUUCCUACCUCCUCCGAUUCUCCCGAAUUUCCAACUCUUAUCUCUUAAAUCAAUUUUUUUUGUUCAGCUGCUCUCAUAUUCUCAUCGUUUACGCCAUGUUUAGUUUCGUGAAUUUCGGUAUACUUAUUUUGUCUAUCGUUUUUCUGGUAGUGGUUUCGAAGUUCUUGUCUACAACAAGUUUAAUCCACUCGUUGAAGAAGGUAUGGCGUUGGCUGCAGGAGAAGUGCUAUGUCUACCAGUUCUACAAGGUGCCGAAAUUCAACGAAAACAUGCAGGAGAAUCAAUUGUACCGAAAGGUUAGCACGUACCUGAAUUCUCUGCCGUCCGUCGAAGAUUCAGAUUUCGCGAACCUUUUCGCCGGCACCAAGCCGACUGAAAUCAACCUGGUUCUCGACGAGAAUCAGACCGUGACGGAUCAAUUCCUCGGCGCCAGAGUGUUUUGGAGGAGCGAAAACGGCGAGAGAGAGGGCGAGAAGUCGCUGGUGCUGAAGAUCAGGAAGAACGAUAAGCGGAGGGUUCUGGUGCAGUAUUUGCAGCAUAUUCAUCAGACGUUUGAUGAGAUUGAGCAGAAGCUGAAGGAGGUGAGGCUGUUCGUCAACGUAGACGACGGGACGGAGAGGAACGGGCGGUGGAGGUCGACCUCGUUCACGCAUCCGGCGACGAUGGAAACGAUGGUGAUGGACGCGGAUCUGAAAUCGAAAAUCAAAUCGGAUUUAGAGAAUUUUUUGAAGUCCAGGCAGUAUUACCACCGAUUAGGCCGCGUCUGGAAGCGGAGCUACCUGCUGUACGGUGCGGCGGGGACGGGGAAAUCGACAUUCAUCGCCGCGAUGGCGAAGUUCCUCAGCUACGACGUGUACGAGAUCAACCUCCACAAGGUGCGAAACGACGCCGAUUUGAAGUACCUCCUCCUCCAAACGACGAAAAAGUCGCUGCUGGUGAUCGAGGAUCUCGAUCGCCAUCUGGAGGAUAAAUCGACGGCGCUGAGCCUCUCCGGAGUCCUCAACUUCAUGGACGGAAUAUUCUCGAGCUGCGGCGAGGAGAGAGUGAUGGUGUUCACGAUGAACAGCAAGGAAAACGUGUGCGCGUCGAUCCUACGCCCCGGGAGAAUCGACGUCCACAUCAACUUCCCCCUGUGCGAUUUCAGCGCGUUUAAGAAUUUGGCAAACAGUCAUCUCGGACUGAAGGAGCACAAAUUAUUCCCGCAGGUGGAGGAGAUUUUCCAAACCGGAGCGACGCUGAGCCAGGCGGAGAUCGGGGAGAUCAUGAUAUCGAACCGGGGCUCGCCUAGCCGGGCGCUGAAAACCGUAAUCACGGCGCUGCAGGGGAAUCUGGCGUCUCGGGUCGGGAAGAGAUUGAGCGGGUCCAGAUCCGGGUCGGGUCGGACACAGGAGGAAGCGGAGGAAGCGGUGAAGGAGGGGCAAAAUGGUAUUCUUCACCCAAUGAAGGAUAUUAAGAAUUUUUAUGGGCUUUUGAGGAACAGGAGCAGUAGAAAGGCGUCCAUGGAUAAAUUUGAGAUCGAUCUCAAUGAUCGAGAAAAUUCGGCACAUGGUGCUUGAGUCCGAUUUGUUCGGGCUUCUGAAUUUUGAAACCCAUUUAUCUUUCUUAUUUGUAUAGGUAUAUCUGUUCAUUGUUCUUUUAUUUAUGAUUUUUGUUAAGUCAUUUAGGUUUUUAUAUUUUAAGAUAGAAAAUUAGCACCCUCGAACACAGCUUGUAGAUGGAAAAUCUGUAAGGAGAAGACAACCUAUGGGCUUCUUUUGAUUGAUUUCAUCAAUAUUUUCUUUUAUCAAGAUGUUCUUUGAUGAUUUAGCUUA